AUGUCUCGGCAGCCUCAGUCCACUGACUAUAGGUACUGGCUGUCGAAAUUGCGACCAGGGAGACCGCUGCUUGAAGCAUGGAUCCUGUCCGCCAUCAUUGUCUCCAUCUCCAAUACUCUGGCUCAGGUGAUUGAUGCGUACAAGAAAGAGGGCCAGGAGGCAUUUAGAUUCGACCUCGCUCGACUAUUGCGCUUUCUCUGCCUCGACCUCAUCACCGCCCCGCUGAACUACAAGUGGCAGGAGGUGCUCGAGAAGACAUUUCCCCGACACCACGACCCCGCCUCGUCCUCCCGCAAAGAGUACCACUCGAUUCCGCUGGAAGAUCGCGACGUGGAAAAGGACUCCAACGCCGACCAGGUGGAAAACGACGACCGUGAACCCCCUGUUGCUGAGGGGUCAAGUCCGCCGCGGCCGCCGCGGCAGCUGCGGGAGCAGCAACACUCACCCCCAACCCCAACAAGGAAGAGGAAGAAGACAAAACACAAGACCUUGCUGGCAAAGAAGAACUGGAAGAACAUUUGGAUAAAGUGGUUCAUCGACUGCAUCACGGUCGGCGCCAUCCUCAACACGGUCGCCUUCCUGGUCAUCAUGGGCUUUCUGAACGGCCAACCCUCGAAAAUCCCGCACAACCUGCGCACCCAGACCCUCACCAUUAUUGUGAAUGGGUACAAGAUAUGGCCCUUUGCCAACAUCAUUGCCCACAGUGUCAUUUCCUUUGAACGCCGCAUCCCUUUCUUUGCCACCGUCGCCCUGUGCUGGAAUGUAUACUUGAGUCUGGUGGCCGAGAGGCUCUAG